GUUACAUUUUUGGUAGGUGUAACAUUUUCGGUAGUGACAAACAGCACGCGCGGCCUGUGUAUGGCUGCAAAUCGGGAAGCGCCGUAAAUGUGGUGGUUAUUUUUUGACAUGUCAUGAGAAAUCAAUUUGAAUUUACCUUUUGUUCUUUUUUUGCUAUCGGCAGUGUAGGAAAAACGAUUUAUUUCAAACGGGAUUAAAAAAAUCGGGAGUACGGGAAGGGCUCCGGCAUGGAGAUCCCCGUGCUUGAUUUCGAAGUCUAUCGUCUCGGUGAAAAUGUGACGGAUGCGAAGCUGAAGGAGCUCAGCCGGGAGCUGCGGACAGCUUUCACUGAAAUUGGGUUUGUGUACCUGAGGAACACUGGCAUAGGCCAAGAAGAGGUCGAUGCAGUUAUAGAAAUAUCAAAAAAAUUCUUUCUCCUUCCGGAAGAAGUUAAAAUCCCUCUCAGCAGAAUGAGCAACACUGACAACCACGGUUGGGUGGCCCCCGAGAUUGAGAGGUUAAAUCCUAGUAGACCAGGAGACUUAAAGGAGGCUUUCAACAUCACCUCUCUGCACACUGACGCUGCCUGGCCUGCAGAGGACGUGGUACCAGGUUUCCGCAAGGCCUUUGAGUCAUUCUUCAUGCGGUGUAAAGAUCUGUCCCUCCACGUGCUCAGAGUCAUGGCCUUGAGUCUGGACAUUGACGUGGACAUCUUUGUCAACUCACACAAGAGCAUAGGGAGCAGUACGAAUGGGAGUACCCUACGGAUCCUGUACUACCCCCCGGUGAAACGUGCGAUGGUGAAAGAGAGCCAGCUGCGGUGUGGGGAGCACUCUGACUACGGCAGCAUCUCCCUGCUGUUCCAGGACAGCAAAGGAGGCCUGCAGGUGAAGAGCAGGUCUGGGGAGUUUAUAGAUGCACCUGCCAUUCCUGGCACAGUUCUGAUCAACAUCGCAGACUUGAUGCAGAGAUGGACAAGCGACGUUUUCAUAUCAGCGAAGCACAGGGUUUUGCUGCCCCCUCCUGGUGAUUCAAGUACAAGACAGUCUCUGGUUUUCUUCGCACAGCCGGAUGAUGACAUCAUUGUAAUUUGCUGUGAUGGAUCAAACAAACAUCCUCCAGUAAAGACAGGGGACUACCUUUUGGAGCGCUUUAACGAAACGUACCGGAUGCAGGGACAUGAUGAAGAGAGUAACCAGGCGUUGGAGGAAGCAGGAACCAGUAACAAGAAGAGAAAAUUGGACAGUGGAAAUAAACAAGAGCAAAAGUCAGACAAGAAACUGAAGAAGGGCAAAGAUAAAAAGGGGAAAUUCUCCAAGUAACCUUUCAGUGAUUCCAUGUGCACAUGCUAUAGACUAGGGAAGUAAAUGGUUGAUCUCAGGGUGAUUUAAUUUGAUGCAUCAGAAACCUUCUAUUUCUAACACAGUUUGAUCUGAUUAAUCGAAUAUUCAAUUAUUUUGAUGACCGAAAUUUAAACUUUAAGUCUACAGAACAAAAUUCACAUAGUCCUAUAUAAAGUUCCAUGGGAACUUAAUUACACACUAUUAAUGGAAUACAAAGAUAGUAAAAUCUCAGAACAUCAAUUAGGGGUCCAGGUGCCAACAGUGGAUCCUUGUUGUUUUUUUAAUUUAUUAUGAAAUUGAGAGAACACAACAGUGUAAAAUUGUCCAAAGGCCAACUAAUGAACUGUACACUGUGUACAGUAAAAAAAAUCAAAUACAUUAAACCAAGGGGGGGGGGUGUCAGUGAAACUUCAAAGUGUAGAUUAGUAAAGUGACAUCACAUGGUUUUGUAUUCAAUGGAAAACAAGAUUGAUCUGCGGGUCAGAUUUAAUCACUAAUUAUAGACAUGUUGGGAGUUUGUACUUUGAGACCAAAGUGUUGGAUGAGCUGAGAUAAUUGCUCGUCCUCCGUGAGGGAAAAUGAGUUAUCAUCCAGUGUGAUCAUCUCCAUUAUUUUAGUAGUUAUUAGCUCUGGUACUGCUAACUAUCCGUAUUAAUAAAGUUUAAAUAUUGCCUGGCAAUGUCAGCCAAGACUGA